AUGGCGGACGGCGGAGGACGAGCGGCGGCGCUGAAGGACCAGGGGAACGAGCAGUUCAAGUCGGGGAGCUACCUCAAGGCCGCCGCGCUCUACACGCAGGCCAUCAAGCUCGACCCCGACAACGCCGCCCUCUACAGCAACCGAGCUGCUGCAUUUCUGCACCUGGUUAAGCUGAAUAAAGCACUUGCUGAUGCCGAAACGACAAUAAAACUGAAGCCACAGUGGGAGAAGGGUUAUUUCAGGAAAGGAUGUGUUCUGGAGGCCAUGGAGCAGUACGAGGAGGCAGUAUCUGCUUUUCAAAUAGCUUCGCAGCACAAUCCACAAAAUACAGAAGUCUCCAGAAAAAUCAAGAGGCUUACUCAGUUAGCAAGGGAACAGAAACGAGCCGGUGAUGUGGAGAACAUGCGUUCCAAUAUUGACCUUGGGAAGAACUUGGGGUCACUGAAAACCGAGCUGGCUGCAAAGUAUGGAGAUGCAGAAUUGGCACAAAAUAUCUCCUCAUUUGUUAUCAAUGUGAUGGAAUCAGCGGUGAAGGUUUGGCAUGACACUGGAAAAGUGGAUCCAAGGGUCAAUUUUCUUCUUGAUGAUCAGAAGACUGAUACUGAAAAAUAUGCUCCAGUGGUUAACAUUGAAAAGGCCUUUGAGUCACCCGACACCCAUGGCAGUUGCAUUCCGUAUUUGCGGCAGUAUACCGUUGAAUCUUACUCAAAGGCUGCUUGUAUGGUAGCACCUAAGGGAAUCAUCUCCUACCCACAGGUCUGGAAAGGGACGGGAUCGAGAAAAUGGAAGCUUGAUCAGAGUGAUGGAUUCUUUGUACAAUUUGAAUCACCGAUUUUGCGGAAGAUAUGGUUUGUUCCUAGCACAACAGAAAAGGGGCGAACAUUGUGCAGGAGCCCUGAGGCCUUGGACAUUACCAUCCACGAAAUCCUUCCACGAAUAUUCAAAGAGACGGAAGCUGCCUGAACGACAUAUGUGCAGCCGACGUCCCCGUGAUUCCACCCUUGAUCGCAUCAUUGGUCCGUAUUCCUCCCGGUGGUUGGCUUACGGUUAAGAAGGGGGCAGGUAUUUUCUCAGACAGGAAGGAAGAACCAGAUGCCAUAUUUUGUGCACCGAAGAUAUCGGCGCUGUGUACAAUAAGCUAUGGUGGGGUUAUGGCAGUCAUUUGUUUCUUUCAUUACUAAGAAAUCUUGGGAUAUAUAUUUUAGAGGCUUGUGAUUUAUUCUGUUGUAUGUGGCUGGCCAGCUCAAUGCCGGUGUGAUGAAAGCGUACCGAAAUUCUAUCCUGAACCAUGUACAUGGAUGGAUGGAUGGAUAAUGAUGAUUGCACCCUGGAAAUGUGGCAAGUGACACAUCGCCAUCGGUUGGUUUUGAGGCUCA